AUUCACGCUAGUCUGACCCAGAAAGAUGUCUGCUGAUGUUGUCUGCUCCACUGUGGACUUUUCUCAAAAGAAUAAAGGCAAACAAGCAGCUGAUAAAACCAGCAAAGGAAAGGAAGAUGAUGUCAUCUAUGCUACAGUGAAGUUUGGAGACGCUCCGAGCCUCCAGCAACAGCAAGCAGCCUCCAGCAACACAGCGGACCCCACUGCUGGUAAAGCUCCUCCAUACAGACUGGCUGCUUUGGUCCUGGCAGGGCUGUGCUCUCUCUCAGUGGCUGCCAUUAUAUUCCUCUCAGUCUACAUUUUACACAUCCAGAUGAAGUAUUCAGAACUGGAAAGGAACUACACCAACAUCUCUGCCACAGAGCGAGUUUGUAAAUCCUGUCCACAGAACUGGGAGCUGUUCAAUGGCAAGUGUUAUUACUUCUCCACUGAUAGAAUGAACUGGAAAUCCAGCCGUGAUAACUGCACAUCACUGGGGGGGCACCUGGUGAUUAUAGAGAGCGAUGGAGAGCAGAGAAUCCUAUCGGAUAAGGCCUGGAAUAUCACACAGGAGCUUAGUAUAAGCAAGGAAGAAGAGAAAGCCCACUGGAUAGGCUUGACUGACACUGUUACAGAAGGAACCUGGGUCUGGGUGGACGACACUCCUCUCAUUGGCAAUGUCAAAGCAAAAUUCUGGGCCACCAGGACACAUGAUGGUGGUAAAGAGCCUGAUAACUAUAACAAAGUGGACCCUUCUGGUGAAGACUGUGCACAACUACAACCAAAGAGGAAUUCCGAUGAGACCUGGUUCGAUUCCUUGUGCACACAACAAUAUAAAAGGAUUUGUGAAACUAAGGCAGUGAUAGCCUAAUAAGAGGAUAAUCAGGACAAUAGGAAGCUAAGAUUACUGAAGCACAAAGAGAGACUAGAAAGAAUAGAAGAAACUCAGUUCAGAUAGACAAGCAUGCAGGUCAUCCCCCAACAUUACCAUAUUAACCGUUUGAUUCCCACAUUAUGAAAAAGCACAGAUAACAAUGAGCUGGUGGUUAUUUCUGCUGAAUGUAGUCUGGCCUUGAGAACAGAAUUGCAUUCUUUGUUCUGAAACAUUAAGAAUCUCACAAUAUGAAAGUGCAGCUGAGAUAUAAAACUGAUCUCAGGUAGUUUAGCAACGUGAACAGAAACCACUGCACACACACACACACACACACACACACACACACACACACACACACACACACACACACAAUCACACAGGGGACUCCCUUACACUAAUUUCUUAUAAAAAUAAAUAUUGGAUUUACCCAAAUGUAAUGUGAAAGUUCUCUAGGAGGUUAGGAACAGUUAUCAUGUUCACCAUGUAGAGUGGGACAGACAGAAAGACACAAUCAGUGCAGAAAGCAGCACAUCUUGAAUGAGGACCCAAACAACAAGAUUGGGAAUCAAAGGCUUAAUCGUAAUGGGGAGAUUCAACCUGAUUCCUCACAGGGAGGGGACAGCCCUAUCUGAUAGGUUUGUAUUUCUUUUGAGCUUUUCACCCUCUAGUGGCUGACAGAGGGUUGACUAAUACCACACAUGUUCCAGCCAGUAUUCCUGCUGUCCAGCUGAUCAGGUCUAAACUGUAUCUGCAGGCUCUGCUCUGAGCUACAAUGAACCCACUGAAACAACUACUACAGCAGAUUAGUAUUAUCAUUGUAUAUCCCUGCACUGCACAGCUACCAUUUAAAAGUUCACCUUGGUAAAUGUACAGUUAUUUUGCAGUUUCCUGUCUAUUAGCAGGCUUGUGUUGGUUAGCCAUUGUUUUUACAACACUUUACAAUACAUAUCUGUGACUCGUCUGCUUGCCUUUGCUUUACCAUGAUUGUACUGUACUUCAAAUAUGCUUUAAUAUUUUUUGCUGUGCGUUUACCCUGAUAUACCAGAAACUUUUACAAGGGAGGCAAUGAUCAUUUUUAUAAACCUUGAAUAUUGUGGCUGACUCCACUGUGACAACAGCUUGCAUCAUCCCCCACUGGUAUUGCUGGUUGUGAGGCAUGAUGGGAGCUGUAGGCACUGUAUUUAAUAUGCUGCCUUCUGUCUUUCCCCAUAUUUAAGGUUGUUACCUCACAAGACUGUUUUGGUAAAACGUGUAUUAUAGUUUUUUUUUUUUUUUCUUGUAAAAUGUUAUCAGUGUAAAAAACAACAAAGAUGUAAACAAAUAAGGAGAGCUCCUGUUCCUCUUUCCUUUGUUUCCAUUUGUGUUUUUCUUCCCUGAGCUGAAACAGAACUCACUGUAUAUACAGCGUUCCUAUAAUACCCCCCUGCUGCUGCAGGGAGCAGCAGGUGAAUGGCUGGCUGUCUGUUCAGUUCACAGAAGCCAGAAAGCUUGCAUUGUUACUGAUAAAGCAGAAUUCACACAGAAAAGGCCAAACUCUGGAAGAAUGUGAUAAAUAUUCAGCCAGAUUGUAGUAUCAAAUUGAACAAGAAUAUGAGAUCUACGUUUCAAUGUAACAUCUUACUAGUACAAUGUUCUUCAGCAGUUUGAUUAAACUGUUGCUUUGUCUAUUAUUAUUAUUAUUAUUAUUAUUAUUAUUAUUAUUAUUAUUAUUAUUAUUGUUGUAUUUAACUCUGUAGACCUAUCUACAUUGUAUUUGGUAGUGAUUCUGG